UUGUACGCUCGCUGACGUCACGCGUCGGGAAGCGUCGCGAGGUGGCUGUGUGUGGCCUCUACUCGAAAGGCCUCCCCCGGAGCCGAACCUAAAGUCGGUUACCGACGCUGGCUGACUGGCUCGCUCGAACCGAAAACAGCCGGCCACAACUUUCCGCUUGCGUGCUUUCAUGGGAGCCGCGCACCGAUCCGCUCUUCGCCAUUUCUGGUGAAUCCCGCCAUGUCGGGUCCUACCUGGCUGCCACCCCGGACUCUGGAUAGUCCCGAGCGAGCCGUCCCCCAGAUGGCCCACUCUGCAGGCUCGCCCGCCUACCGGGCCCCCAACAAGAAGGCGGCGCCGGACUUCCGGCCCAAAUACAACCCUUAUGACCACAACGGAGGAGGGGGCACGGCCACUCGGUACAUGGCGACCGGACCCACAGGUGGGCCCGUUCACCAUUCUCCCAGCGAUGGCUAUUUCCUGCCUCCGCACGGGCCCGCCAAGUGGAGCGGCCACGGGGGCGACGGCUAUGAGCUGACCCGCCGCGGCCCCGACAAGGCUGCCGGCGGCUACCACUCCAAGAUUGACGCCGACAUCGACUCGCUCACCGCCAUGCUGGCCGACCUGGACGGUCUGCCGCAGGACUCGGGCGCGCAACUGUACGACAACGUGCCUUACAACAAAUACCUCUCGGGGGAACACUACAACGCCGUCGCGCCCCCGAGCCGGACCACCUCGAGCUACCACCCCCAGAGCCAGUACCACCCGUCCCCGUACCAGCAGGACUACUACGCGCCGGCCUCCUCCAAGCCGUACCCGCAGCCCGUGCCGGCGUCCUACACCACGGCCUCCACCCCGAGUGGGCCCAGGUUCAGCGUGCAGGUCAAGACGGCUCAGCCCGUCACCUACUCGCAGACGGGGAGGCAGGCCGACCAGGCCUACGCGCCGCCGCCCCCUUGUCAGCACGCGCCACGCCCGCCGCCCCAGGAUUGGUACGCCGCCGCCCCGCCCCCUCAGGAGACGCACAGGGUGAGGGAGGGGGGCCAGGUGGCCUUGUCCAAAAAGGGGAUGGAAAAUCAUCAAAUGGGAGCCGCGCACAGUCCCGCUGCUGCUUACCAGUCCGGCAAGCAUCUAGCAUCCUCGACUCGUCCAGAAGAGGAGUUGGAUCGCCUCACCAAGAAGCUGGUGUACGAUAUGAACCACCCGCCCGCCGAGGAUUAUUUUGGGCGCUGCGCUCGCUGCGGCGACAACGUGGUGGGCGACGGCAGCGGCUGCAUCGCCAUGGAGCAGGUGUUCCACGUGGAGUGUUUCACCUGCAUCACCUGCCACGCCCGGCUGCGAGGGCAGCCCUUCUACGCCCUGGACAAGAAGAGCUACUGCGAGACUUGCUACAUUAGUACACUGGAGCAAUGUUCCAAGUGCUCCAAGCCCAUCUUGGACCGCAUCCUGCGUGCCAUGGGCAAAGCGUACCAUCCUCGCUGCUUCACCUGCGUGGUGUGCAACUGCUGCUUGGACGGCGUGCCCUUCACGGUGGACGCCACCUCGCAGAUCCACUGCAUCGAGGACUUUCACAGGAAGUACGCCCCUCGCUGUUCCGUGUGCGGCGAGCCCAUCAUGCCCGAGGCGGGUCAGGAGGAGACGGUCAGGAUCGUCGCGCUUGACCGAAGCUUUCACGUCAACUGUUACAUCUGCGAGGAAUGCGGGCUCCUGCUGUCCUCAGAGGGCGAAGGUCGCGGUUGCUACCCGCUGGACGGUCACAUCCUGUGCAAGGGCUGCAGCGCCCGGCGCAUCCAGGACCUCUCGGCCAAAAUCUCCACCGACUGCUGACCGAGGCGCUGUGGAACACAACAUUUUUUUUUUUUUAAACAUCACGCAGCUUUAACAAACCCCCAUUUGUCAUUUUUUUUUGCUAGUCUUUGUCUUGUGUUACUGAUCCAAACGAGUGACACGUGAAGCAGUCACGGUCGGUCGGGUACAUAUUCGGCAUUUCAUUUCGAACCCGAUGAUGGAUGAUGGCUCAAUCCGUAACUGCCUCAAAACUCAACAAACUGUGACUUUCUACAUUCGAGCAGGCUGCGUCGGCGCCUGGUAGAAUUGUAGCUAAAAAAAAAGAAUGUCGUCGAUUUCACAAGGAUUUGGUUUUUGCCAUAACGAAUGUGACGAGAAAAAAACGUCUUUGGACUGUUACUCAGAACGGUGCAAUGAAGUUUGAUAGGAUUACAAAUCGGAACUCGCGUCUGUCUCCCUUGCCGAUGUUUCUUUGUGCACCUUUGCGCUCGUUUGUUUAUUUGUACAUCGCCCCAGACGUGACACGGCAACAUGCCGACGCGGCCACAAUAUAAGCGUACAACAUUUCGGCAAUAAAAAAAAAACUGUGCCAUCAAAUUAAAUGAACAGAUGUAUUGUGGCCGCCUGUCAUCUGGGGUUCGUUCAUUUUUGGAGCCUCGGCAGCUACAGUAUUCGUGUACAGUCCGAUUGUCGAUCCCGCUCUUGUGAAGUGAUCUCAGUACCUUUUGUUAUUUGCCCGUCUUUAAGUUUGAAUGUUAAUGUCCACUUGCACAAUCAGCCAUGUAGCUUUGGCCACGUCCAUUUUUUGGCUUUUCAUUUUGGUUCUGUUUUGAAACGCUACGAAGUGAAGCUCACGGUACUGCGGCGCGUCCCUUUUGGAGCGAAUAAAUAAAAUAUUUUUAAAAUAAAGUAAAA